CGAUGAGUUUCGACCUUCCACCUGCAAAGCUUUGUCAAUGCUGCUUGUGAUACACUCUCUGUUUAAAUCUUCGCAAUGGGAAUCCAUAGUCAUUCGAGGCGCACCCGCUCACCAGUGACCGCGUCCACACGCUGAAGCUGGAAGGACUGCUUUCCUUUGGACUGUAAUCAUGCUUGGAGCAUAGAUAUGACGUCGGUUUACUCCCUAGACGGACGACUCUUAAGCUCUUUGUCUUCGGCAUCCCGCAUCCGCUGCCCUCAACUUGCGAAGGUCUCUUGCUUGCUCUUACCACAAGGGCCUGUUUACAACGCCCAGAAUCCAUACACGACACUGCUGGGCCCUGCUUUUUUACGACGCACGCACACGAUCUCAAGACACUAUACUACCAUGGUCUCAGGCUCAACGCCGGAUGUGAAGGCACCCCAGGAGGCGAGCCCUUCGGAUACGCUGCGCGUGUUCCUCCGUCGCACGAAAACAGAGUAUCUAGAGGCUGUCCACAAUGGGAGAGGGAAGGAAUGGACUGUCGUGAUGGGGAACGAGGCGGGUGACUUGGACUCGCUCGCAAGUGCCAUCGCCUACGCAUGGUACCUCUCCCAGGAGCAGCAGUCACCAUCCGUCGCUCUCGUGCAAACCCCGCGCGGGGAUCUGCAUCUGCGCGCUGAGAACGCGCACGCACUCGCGCUUGCCGGCCUCAGCUUUGACGACCUGCUUUGCAUGGACGAUGCGUCGCCCUCCGAGUCCACGUCCUUGCCCUUUCCUUCCACGACAUUCGCGCUAGUCGACCACAACCGGUUAAGUGCCCAAUUCUCUGUCGACAACUCGGACGCACGCGUCGUUGCGAUUAUCGAUCACCACGCCGAUGAGGGCCUGCACACCGAGGCAAACCCGCGGAUUGUCACACAGGGCAUAGGCAGCUGCGCGGCGCUCGUAGCAUCGUUUCUCCAAGACAAGUGCCCAGAGCACAUUCCCCGGGAGCUCGCAAUGCUGCUUCUAUCUGCAAUUAUCAUCGACACGGGCGGAAUGACUCCCGGUGGCAAGGCGGUGGAGGUCGAUCAGAGGGCAGCCGCGUUCCUCGCCUCGAGAUGCACGCUCGCCCCCACAGACCCGGCCGGUCUUUCACUAGCGCCCGAAAGUUCCUCGGACGCGAUACCGCCCCUGCAUGAGUCCCCGGUGAUCCAGCAGCUAAACGCCACUCUGCAGACGAAGAAGAACUCCGUCGCACAUCUCGGGGUGCGCGACCUCCUCCGGCGGGACUACAAGGAGUACGCGCUCACGCCUGCGUUCGCGCCCAGCCGAGAACUGCUCAUUGGGCUCGCGUCCGUCCCGCUCGGGCUCGCUGCGUUCGUGCCGCGGGACGAGGCGCAGUUCGUCCGGGACACAAGGGGCUGGAUGGACGAACGCGGGCUGAGCGCCCUCGGCGUGCUCACGUCGUUCCGGGACGAGAAGAAGGCGGGGAAGAGCGGGAAGGGCAAGCACCGCAGAGAACAACUGUGGAUCGUGCGCGCGAGGGACGACGCGCCCGGGGAGCAUGGCGGGGAACUCGCGCGCAGGCUCUUCCAUGGCCUGGAGGGCAGCGAAGAUCUGAGACUGAAGAAGCGGAAGUGGGAAAAGAUUGGAAUGGAGCCUGCGGUGUGGGAUAGAUCGGGAGGUGCAUUCGCCGAGGGAUGGCGCGUGAAAGCAUGGAAGCAGAAGAAUACAGAUGCGACCAGGAAGGCGACCGCACCCAUCGUUAAGGCAAUUGUGGAAGGUCGUGGCGUGUAGAGAGCAGUUCCGUAUCUAAACGACCUUGGAUGAUGACCUUUCUGAGGGUGAUAUAUGGUAGGGUCGGGCUCGAGGUGACCCAUAAUGAGGUUCCGAAGGCAGUGUAUAAGGGUCCUGGCAAGUGAAACUUAAAGCCCCUCAGUGAGAUCUGUGAACCUAGGUUUGAAACGCAGAGUCCGUGAUAUGUGGCCGGCGCGUUACUGCUCGAUAUACAUCGCCUCCGAGGCAGCGCUGUUGAUAGGUUCCACUGAGGUUCACUCAUUCCACGCCUAUCCAUGC